UUUUGCGAUUGGAGUUAUCCAAGCAUUCUUAAUGGGAAGGAACAUUUUAACCAACAUCUUUACCGAGAUCACAAAGAAAUAUUUGCAGAUCUUCUUAAGAAACAUUUUCUCUUUGACUAUAACCAAAUCUAUAGCAAUUGGAUUUCUGAGGAAUAUGAUUACGGAAUGGCCACCUUUUACUUUUUAAAGUAUAGGCAUUUGUUCAUUCAAUACAAUAUUCUUUUCUUCGAUCUUGAUCAUAUCGAUUCUUCAUGCUCUUUUCAACGGUUUAUUAUAGCCAUGCAAUCUCUUCUUCGAGUAAAGAUUGUACCCCCGAUUUCUAGGGGAAAAGACCAGGAUGUUAAUACUUUUAUUUAUGUAAUUACCUCCACAUAUCAAUUUCUUAUGGAUAGAGAUCUCAUAUAUGAUUACUUUGAGCAUAAAGAAGCAUUUGAAGAGCUGUCUUUGAAAUACUUUUUGCGAGAUUAUACAUACCUUCAGUAUAAUUGGAUAACCAGAAAAUGUGAUUAUAUUGAUUCUUCUUGGUCGAUUCAAUGUUUGGUGAUAGCUGCCCACUUACUUCAUGUGAAACUUUAUUUACCACCAUUGAUGCUG